AAGAAAGUGGCUGUGACAUGACCUGCCUUGUUUCAUCAUUGGUCCAAAUUCAGCUGGAUCCUGAGAACAGAACUAUUGCCGGUUUCCAGAACUUGAUUCAGAGAGAAUGGGUGGUAAUGGGACACCCUUUCCAAAAGCGUUUUCAUCUUGUCUUCUCGCCAGAUCAGCCUGAAAGUGAAAAGGCUCCUGUGUUUUUGCUGUUUCUGGACUGUGUCUGGCAGCUUCUGCAGCAGUUUCCUUCAUCUUUUGCAUUCACUGAGACUUACCUAACUACAUUAUGGGACACAGCACAUAUUGGUCUGUUUGAAACCUUCUUGUUCAACAGCUGUUGGCACAGGCAGAAGUUUUUAAAAGAGGGUCGCAAAAUGACCAUUAUUGCCUUGCCUAGUGCUUGGGACUGGAAGUUCCAGCUCACGGAUGAGCAGGUGCUUCUGUUUAAUAAUCCUCUGUACAAUUUGCGGGAGUCAUAUAAUUUAGACAGUGUUGUAGACAGUGCAAAGAAUGCCUUGCGUCUUUGCGGAGAUCAUCCCAGUGAAAAUUACCGCGUGUACCUUGGAAGUCAGCCAUCAAUUGCAGACAUUUUUGCACUUCAGGAGACCGUACUUAAACCGGAAGUUACCGCAGGCCUUAUCAAACUCUGGUCUCAGUGUUUUCUUCGCUGGAUCGUUCCAGCACAGAUUGUCGGAGGUGGAAAUCCAUCCCAGUACAUGCAGCAGUGCAUUCUUGCUGAAGAGAUUGUGUGCCUUCAGUACAAGCUUCAGAUUCUCACACAGCAGUCUGAUCAGAGCCUUCCUUCAGUGAAUGGUAGGCAUUUGCAGUCACGGGUCAGAAGUCCGCGUCCACAAAGUGGAUUAGUCUUCGGUUCAACAGGCUACCAACCCAGAAGCACUCAGUUGUCGUGUGUGUACAUCACGUCUUCUUUCCCAUUCAGCCCUGCAGUGUCCCAACACACACAACAUGCUCUCAUUGGCAAGCUGUCACAGUAUCUCCAGGAAACAGAAAUUGACCAUGAUUAUGCUCAAGAUGAUGAUGAUUAA